AUGCCUCGUGAUCCUCUGAUUGGUCUCGAAUAUCGCAGGCUGAUUAGGCUCUCAGGUAACUUUCCAUUCACCACAAUCGAUCCCCAGCGCGCAAUCGGCUACCUCCAAAUACCAUGCGCCUGCGCACGCGUGGGCGCAUCCGACCGCUGUAAACCAAACUAUGGCUCUUGCGUCGAUGGCAAGCGCUCUGUCCCCAUUGAACUCCUCGAUGUCGCGGGCCUGGUGCCUGGCGCGCAUGAAGGCAAAGGCCUAGGAAACAGAUUCUUGGACGACUUGCGACACGCCGACGCCCUCGUGCACGUGGUCGAUGUUAGCGGGACGACAGACGCAGAAGGCAAGGCGACUCGCGGAUACGAUCCCAGUCAAGACAUUGUAUGGCUGCGCAGUGAAAUCGUGCAAUGGAUACAAGGCAAUCUGAUGCAGAAAUGGGGAUCGAUCAAGCGACGCCAUGUCGCCAUCAAAGCAACGGCCGUCGAAACCCUGCAAAACCAAUUCUCCGGCUACGGCUCGACCUCGACCGUAGUCGCCCGCUGUCUCGACAAACUCGGGCUCAAAGAACCGCUCCAAGACUGGACGCCCGAGACAAUCGAACGGGUAGUCGAAGCCUUCACGGACGAGAAAUUCCCCACCGUCAUCGCCCUGAACAAAAUCGACCACCCAGACGCGGACAAGAACAUUGCAAAGAUAGCAAAAACCCAAGACCCACAAACCAUUGUCCUCGCCAGCGCAAUCUCCGAAGUCUUUUUGCGCAAACUCGCAAAACAAGGCUUCAUCCACUACACCCCCGGCGCCGACUUCUUCGACACCCGCCAAGACCUCCUCGACGCCGGCGAACCCAAAGCCGACACCCUCAAACCCCUCGACGACAAGCUCGCCCAACGGCUCGAAAACUUAAAGGACAUGGUCCUCUACCGCUUCGGCAGCACCGGCGUCGUCGAAGUCCUUUCCCGCGCCGCCCACCUCCUCGGCCUCGUCCCCGUCUUUCCUGUACGCAAUAUCCACACGUUUACGAGCGGGAGUUCUGGCGCUACCGCUGCCUUUCGCGAUUGCGUGCUUGUGAAGCGGGGGAGUACGGUGGGCGAUGUGUUUCGCAAGGUCAUGGGUGAUGCGCCCAUGGCCUAUGUGGAGACGGAAGGGGGGCGGAGGGUUGCAGAGGAUGACGUGGUGGAGGUUGGGCGGAAUGAUUCGGACGAGCGUAGUUGGCGUUGGCCGUUGGUUGGCGUUGGCGUCGGACGCGGAAGGAAGGAGUGGACAUGA